UCAGCCUACUCUACUGGAAACCAUGAAAUGUAGUAGUUUCAUUUUAACUAUAACCCCCAGAAUUCCUUAGCCAUUACUUGCUAGAGAAAGUCUGAGAGCUCUAGUUUGAAAAACAAACUUUUCUAGGCUCAGUGAGUAGUUGGGAAGCGGCCAAAAUAUCUCAGGCGGCAAGGGCAUCCAAUUCUUCCCUAUCACCUUCCUGUCCACAUCCAGAAACGGAAGUAAGUCCUAUUCUGUGCAGUGGGAUUCACUCCCAAGGAAAUAUACGUAGGGGUUCUCCCUAAAUAUACCCCGUAUCAGGACAAAAGUCAUGUGGGUCGUUCCUGGGUCUCUCUUAAGAAGCCUUGCAAGACUAAGUUGUCCAACUGACAGUACUUCGGAACGACUACAGAAGACAGGUAACAGAAGACAGGAAAGAGUAGCCGAAGUUGCACGCAUGCAAAAAAAGAGAGAUAAUAUUAUCCAGUAGCAUCGAGCAAUGUCUCCGUUGGACGUAAGACUCCCGGAAGGGACACCGCUUCUAAACUGCUGUUCCAAGGAGGAGCGGAGAAAAAUCACACCUGACCACGUCGGUGGCGCGCCGGACUCAGAGUUUCGUAAGAAAGUCAGGGUGACCGUUUGCUUGUUGCUGGUGGACUUGUGUGAAAAGUUUACUUUCUUCAGUAUUGUCUGCAACAUGAUCCUUUUCUGCACCAUCAAGCUUGGCUAUCAUAACUACCAGGCUGCUGUGAUCAAUCUCUGCUUUGUGGGUGCCUACCUGAUGAGCCCCAUCCUGAUGGGUUGCCUUGCCGAAUCCCCAGUGGGGCAAAUCAAAUUGCUGUACAUCUGUGCUUUGCUACACUUUAUAGGUGCAGCCAUGUUACCUGUCAUUGCCUUCCCCUUUAAAGACUUUUUUAUAGAUCAGCAGUAUGUCCUUCACACUUUCACGGAAAGGGAACAGAAGGUUCUAUUUUAUGUUGGAUUGUUUGCUACCUGCCUUGGCUCGGGAGGAAUAAGAGCUGUAAUGUGUCCCUUAAGUGUCUACAACCUUGAUGAAAGUGGACAAAAGGACCUUCUAUCGUUUUUCAACUGGUUUUAUUGGCUGUUAAACUUAAGUUCGGCCAUGGUUUUUGUCAGCAUUUCGUACAUCCAGCAGUCAGUGGCCCAACACCUUGGCUUUCUUAUUCCUUCUGUGUCUGUCCUGAUGGCUCUAAUCACAAUUUACGUGACACGGAGUGAAAUGAUUCACCAGCCUCCAAAAGAUAGUUGCCCAUUAAACAUCUUUGGUGUGGUUGUGAAUGCACUGAAGGCGUGUUGUGUAAAAUGUCGCUAUUUCCAUGGGAAUGUCACAAACUGGCUAGACCAUGCCAAGGAAAACGAGGGUGGCCGGUACAGUGAAACUCAAGUGGAAAGCACAAAAAUGCUUGUCCGUCUCUUUCCCCUCUUUGCCUUCCAGAUAAUUUACCGAAUAUGUGUCAUGCAGAUAUCUUCAGGAUAUUACCUGCAGACAAUGAAUUCGAAUUUGAACCUGCAUGGAUUUCUCUUGCCCAUAGCAGCCAUGAAUCUGAUAAGCAUUCUGCCGUUCGUAAUUCUGGCUCCUGUUCUAGAGUGUCUCCUCGCUUGUCUCUUUAACACCAAAACAAGUGGAUGGUCCCCAACCAUUUGUAUCGGUUACACAUCUGCCACCUUGUCUGUGAUGGCUGCUGGAUUUUUUGAAGUACGCAGGAAACAUUUCCCGUUGGUGGAACAGACUUUUUCAGGCAAAGUACUCCUUAUUUCUUCCAUGCCGGGCAUCCAUCUGGCCCUGCAAUACAUCUUGCUCGGUGUGGCAGAAGCUCUGGUGACUCCCACAUGUGCCUUCAUUGUAUUCCGAUUUGUGCCAGGCAGAAUUCGUGCGUUUGCCCUGCAAGUAUUGAGUUGCUUCAGUGGAACUGGCUGUUUUAUGGGGGCGCUUCUUGUCCAAGCAGUUUACAUGGGCUCACAAGGUGACUGGUUUCCAAAUAUUCUAAAUGAAGGCAAAUUGGAGAGAUUUUACUUUUUCUUGGCCUCGCUAAUGAUGAUAAAUACUCUUGGCUUCUGGACCAUUUCUCACAGAUACAGUAAUAUGCAGCAAGACUUUGAUGAUGGAUUCAGACAGAGUUUUCUUGGAGGACAGCUUUUGCAGCCUGAGAAAUCGCUCAAAUUUUAUGGCAGCACGCUGGAUUGUCCCUCUCCUUUGUCCUCUGUGGAGACUCUCCUGUGAAACGUUGCUCUGAAAAUGUCUGGCUAUACACUCGUUGCAGUCAGUCAUCAGAGUAUUGUCUGACAGAUUUUAAUGAUGUGUUCCUUUCUGUAUUUAUGAACUGACUUAACAAUAAUGGAUUGUUGUUUAUCUUUUUCACAUCUUUGUAUAUAUUUUAAAACUCUGCAUGAUUUUGGAGACUUAGACCCUGAACGGUCACUGUUCCAAAUGUCUCAUUUCUUUGGCUGUUGGUGAGACCCACAUAAAAGACAGAGCCUUUUAAUUGGGGAAGAAGAGUAUUUAUAACUUCACGGUGUAUAUGAAUGUAUGAGUUCACUCUAAAGAUGGCUUCUUGGAUUCAAUAAAGUCUCU